GUUCUGGAGAGGGAAACGCCUUUCUAGGGCACCGCUGAUGCUGCAGAGGUGAGGUGGACACUCUCAACAGAACCCAGUAAGAUGUCCUACAGACCAGCUCCUCAUUCUUCCUACAAAAAGAUGUUCGGAGGGGACCGAGCCACGGCCCGGACCAGCUACUCCAGCCGCCAGUUCUCCAGCCCGCUGCGCUCCUCUCGGGUCUCCUACGGGCUCUCCUCCGCUCCGACCACCGUUUACGCAAUGAAGACGCAGAGGCUCCGGAGCAGCGCGGCCAUGCCACGGCUGGCCUCCGAGAACCUGGACUUCUCCCUGUCCGACGCCAUCAACAGCGAGUUCAUGACGAACCGCACCAACGAGAAGGCGCAGAUGCAGUCGCUCAACGACCGCUUCGCCAACUACAUCGAGAAGGUGCGCUUCUUGGAGCAGCAGAACAAGAUCCUGCUGGCGGAGCUGGAGCAGCUGCGGGGCAAAGGCACGUCCCGGGUCGGGGAUCUCUACGAGGACGAGAUGCGGGAGCUGCGGCGUCAGGUGGACCAGCUCACCAACGAGAAGGCCCGGGUGGAGGUCCACCGGGACAAUCUGGCGGAUGACAUAGAGAGGCUGAGAGAGAAGCUGCAGGAUGAAAUCUCCCAGAGGGAAGAGGCAGAGGCAAACAUGCAAAGUUUUAGACAGGAUGUGGACAACGCUGCCCUCGCCAGACUGGACCUGGAGCGGAAGGUCGAGUCACUCCAGGAUGAGAUUAACUUUCUCAAGAAGCUGCAUGAUGAGGAAAUGCUGGAGCUGCAGAACCAAGUCCAGCAGCAGCAGCACGUGCAGGUUGACAUGGAGGUGGCUAAGCCUGACCUGACGGCGGCUCUGAGGGACGUCCGCCUGCAGUAUGAAAACCUGGCCUCCAAAAACAUACAGGAGUCGGAGGAAUGGUACAAAUCCAAGUUUGCUGACCUGAACGAAGCUGCAGCCCGGAAUAAUGAAGCUUUGAAACUAGCCAAGCAGGAGGCCAAUGACUACAGGCGCCAAGUUCAAGUCCUCACUUGUGAAGUGGAUGCCCUGAAAGGAACUAAUGAGUCUUUGGAGCGUCAGAUGAGAGAGAUGGAGGAGAACUUCUCCUUGGAGACCGGCAGGCACCAGGACACCAUCAGCGGCCUGGAGAUGGACAUUCAUAACAUGAAGGAUGAGAUGGCCCGGCACCUUCGAGAGUACCAGGACCUUCUAAAUGUAAAGAUGGCCUUGGACAUCGAGAUCGCCACCUACAGGAAGCUGCUGGAGGGAGAAGAGAGCCGAAUCUCCACACCACUGCCAAACUUCUCCUCUCUAAACCUGAGGGAUGCAUUGACUGAAUCCAAAUCUCACGUUGAAGCCACAACAACAAAGAAAGUUGUCAUCAAGACCAUCGAGACCAGGGAUGGUCAGGUGAUCAAUGAGUCAACCCAGAAUCAUGAGGACUUGGGGUAGCCACGUCUCGAUUUUUUUGCCAAACAGUCAACAUGAGCAAUACGAAGAAACACAUCUGACUGGGUCUGCAAGCAAGAAAGCCACCCAGCAACAACAGCUUGGAAAAGUGCCUUUAUAUGUGAUGAUGCAGUUUUGCUUCCUUCUUUCCUGAAAGUAUUUUGUCACUUUUUGUCUAGACAAAAUGGUGAAACCAGCACAGUAUAGCAACCCUAGGAGGUCUUCAGAAGCCUUUCUUUGUAACCAACAUAGUAUAUUUGACUUAAGCAUGCACACAAGAAUUCUGUAAGAUGAUGAUGAUGUCACAAUUGCCUGUAUGCAGCAAUAAACAAUGAAGACUGUAACUCA